AUGGAAGAACUGCCAUCAGAGAAGGCUGACGACGUCGAUGUUGUCAUGGAUGAUUCUGAUGACGAGUCAGUGGCAUCUACUAUUCAAGCCGAUCACGACUCAGAGGAGGAAUGGAUAGUUUCUUCGGUCCUGGCUGCGUGGAAAGUCGAAGGCAGCUGGCGGUACCUGAUCGAAUGGGAAGGCUUUGAUCUGUCUGAAGCUACCUGGGAACCUCGGCAGAACUUGAACAAAAACCUUAUUGAAGAGUGGAAGGAAACAAAGGCAAAACCAGGGUUCGAUCUCUACCAAACGAUUGGAGAUUGGAAGAAAGCCUGGAAAGAUGCAUAUGAGAAAAAGCUCGUUCGUCAUAGGGAGAGAAACCGACGUCGGAAGCGCCGAGGACUUAAACAACACUCUUUCGAACACAUGGAACUCUUGUUGGAAUGGGUCAAUAGAUUUCCAGAUGGAGAGGGCCUCAGUGCCUCUACAGAAUCGAGCCCAUCCUCCGCAGACUAUGAUUCGGAUUCUGAAGUCGGACAGUAUCAGCCCUCCUCACCCGAAGAACGGAAAAGAACGGAUGCCAACUUGAGCGACGAUCGUUCAUCUAACAGCAGCCGUCGCGGCAGUGCAUCGCUCACCACCAAGGCAUCACUCACGUCUUCGGCCAAUCACACGCAACUGCCACCAAGACGCUCAAGCAUCGGCUCUGCGGCAAACAAAAUCUCAAACCCAAGACCAGCGCCUGCGAACAGUCUCCAAUCCAAGUUUGGCCGUCCAGGGUUGACGAGACGUACCGAUGCUAGAUUGGGCAAAGUUCCACUGACGGCUCGCAAAACUCAAACUGCACAAGUCUUUACUGGCAAUGUCUUUGCAGGAGGAAUACGAAGGAAACAGCGGCAGACUCUUGCUGAAGUUGCAAAGGAUCCUACGAAGAAGCCCAGGUUUUUAAAACCUCGGUAUGCAAGAAUUGUCGAAAAGGCAGGCCGUGAUCGAGACGGUGUUGCACCAUCAAAGAUGCCUUCAACUCUCAUAUCUUUAAAUCCGGCAGAGCGCAAUGUUGAGACUCCAAGCAUCCCGAGUAUUGAAGCUGAUAGGACCGAAAGUCCGUCUGACGAUCGCGCUAUACCCACCCACCAUCAUGACGAUUCAUCCGGUGCCGGCCAGACAUCACAGAAGAACAACCACGGGAAAUCGAUUAGCUGGGGUACGGUUGAAAAGACAACUUUCCGAGAGCCAGAAGAGCUUGCUAGGGAAGGCAGCAGUCUGUUUAUGCGUGAGGAGACACUCCCUACCGAGGCUCCAUGGGUCGUGAAGGAAGAAUGGGCACUUGAUGCGUUACCCCCCAAGGAUUCUCCCGCGAACCCGGCCUUCCAACCAAGGACUAUCAACAGCCGAGCAGACGUACCAAAUAGUCAGAUUUGUGGGAACGAUUAUGUAUCCACCGACAGCCGCGAUGCAAACCCUUCCAAUAGAACAAUCAUCACAGACGUCCAAUUUGGCCCAGGCACCCAGGAGACGAUAUCUGUCAGAUUCGAGAGAUUCGAGCCCCAAAACGAACUGCCCUGGCCUGCGAUUUUCGAGAACAUGCCUUCGUUGAUAUUCACACACACUUGCAUAACUCAAGACUUUUCAUUUUAUGAACCUGAUCUGGCUGCCGACAAGCUGGGUAACGGCAUUAUGGUGAGCAAUGAUGCCACUACUAGUUUGAUGGUAGUUGCGAACUGGCUUCGAGCUAGAUCUCUUGGUGCUCUCUUAUAUCGCAAUGAUUUAUGCAUAUUUGUGUGUACGCAGUCGCAAGAGCAAACGGCAACAACUGUUGAGUCUCCCUCGUUGUAUUACUACCUUUUUCGGCCGGCUCCUGGCUUUACGACCCGCUGCCUCUCCCCGAUCAACCUCCAGGAAGGUCUAGAUGUAGGGGACGUGUUACCUCAAAUGUCAUUGACACUCUUUGAUCGCUUAGUGGGGUUUCGAUACGAACAACUAGAGAAUCCUGCAAAACUCCCCAGUCAACAUAAUUUCUUUCUCGCGUUUCCAGGAAACACUUCAGACGAAGCACAGCUACUGAGUCUAUGGCUUCGAGCCUGCAACUCUGACUGUAGAAUCCUGUCUAGCUUUUCUCCUGGACACUGGCAGAGCCUAUUGGAGCUAGACAGUGGGGUGGUCAUCAUUCACGAGGAAGCAAUAUGGUCUAUACGCCUGUUUCCCGGCGUCAAGAACUUGCUACAGUUACCAGAAAAGUUCAAGUUUAUGCUCUUCUCGAAAUCCCUACAGCCUUCGCCUCUCUACCCCUCACUCGAACAACGGCGUAGGGUUGGAGAUGUGAGUUUGCAGCCCCUUUGUGGACAGAACAGGACUGCAAUCCUGAUCACCCCCAGCUUUGUCAUUUCAAAGCCACGCCAGCUUUGGAGAUUGGUCAAAUGGUUUUGGGAAAAGUAUAACGAAUCUGACUGCCCAACGCUUGUUGUUGGGGCCGGCUUCGAUAGCUGGCUUCUUGAAGUAGCCACUGCGAUAGAAACUAAUUAUUCGGGCUUAGCGGAUCGACAUGACUGCACAGACGAAAUAACGACGGAACUUGAAGCAUUGCAAAAGACCCGAGACUUGGUCCAAACCAUCCAAGAUCAAUCAUGCGAGGAGCAGCCUGGGGUCAUCUUGGGCCCAGAAUUGAUCGAUAACAACGACGAGCAGAGCUUAGUUAAUUGGUUUGGUUGGUGGUCUAUCAUGAAUCUUGACCAAUACCGGAAAUUCGCCGUGGUUGGAUCAAGUGCGACCGAUGGUGAACUCAUACACCUUACCGCGAGGCCUGAAUUUGCUGCAUCAACCAUUGCGGACGUUCGGGAGCUUGAACAACCCCAUGCGCUCCAAAAUAAGUUACCAGAGUUACAACAGAGGUUCAGGCUAAUACCCGAUGACACCAGUUCUUCCUUUCAGCGGUAUCUGUGUGAUCUUGACAGAAAGAUCUGGGAACAAGGCUUUAGACCCCAGAUACUCUGCCCCUACCCCGUUGCUUACUGGAGUCAGGCUAUGGCAUCUGAACUCGAUGUCUAUCCCCAUAACGGCUUUGAGACGUACAGGGAUUGUUUUAGACCGUUUAAGAAGGUACAAUUCCCCCGUCACUACAAUACCGCUGUUGCAUUAUGCUACACAAUUGAAGGAGGUUGGAGUCUUGAUGAAGCGCGAGGAGAUAAGGAAAGAAAGCGACGGCCAUGGAUUAUGAUAAUCAGGCCUGCGGACCCUCAACGUAAACCAUACAGGUCUUUGGAGCUUAUCAUCUGGGACCCUGUCGGGACAGGUUUCAACAGAGGAGAACCAGUUUACGAAGGAGAUCUUAUUGAAGCACAGCGAAUGAUGAUACAAGCAAUCCGGGAAGAGUUUGGCAAAACGUUGCCGCUGCAGCGUGUCUGGUAUGGGGAAUGGGAUGGCGAUCGUUCAUCUCCAGUUGACCCUGUGGAUAGAACACUCCACCGUUUGGAAGAACUAAUGCUCGACGUGAAAGCCAACAUACCCGCAAACGUAAAACAAUUGGCAUUUAAGGGAUGGGAGUUGGUUUUGCCAGAGGAUGCGUCUGACCACCGAUCGCGAUGUUCAUCUCCCGAGCCAAUGGAUAUCGAUAUCGAUGCUGGUAUGGAUGCGUUAAGAACAGUGUUUCAUCCUCCUCGAGCGAAGCCGCUAAACGGAAAGAUCGAGUGCAAGAACCAUUUCUUUCAGCAUUGCAUGGAAGAGAGGCGCAAAGGCUCCGGGGGCCUUAUGAGGUACAGAUUCAAGCCAACAAUGGAAUGGUACAAACGCCAGGCCGAAGCAGGUCGUGGUUUUGAGCACAUUGAUAUCGUGCCUUGGAAGGACUUCUUUGCGAAGUGCAAUAUGGGUUCUUAA